CACGUGACCGUCAUUUCAACAUGGCGGUGGCGGUGCCUUGAGUUGAGUUGAGUGUUUUUGUUUUUGCGUCGGCCGGCAAAACACCCAAUUUCAUCUAGUUUUUGGCAAAGUAUCAGACCCGACGGUGCCAUGGCGACGGUGGGCUCGAUCGAGAUUCCUCUGCGCGACACUGAUGAGGUGAUCGAGUUGAGCUUUGACCAGUUGCCGGAUGGUGAGGAGGUUCUCAGCAUCUUGAGACAAGAACAUGCCUCCCUGCACCUGUGGGUUCGUCUGGCUGAGGAGUACUACCGUCAGAGCAAGCUUGAUGAGUUCGUGCAGAUUCUGGAGGCAGCCAGGACAGAGGCCAAUACUGACUACAGGGACAAUGACAAGGACCAGAUGCGGGCACUGGAUAUGCUGGCCGCCUUCUAUGUCCAGUUGGCUAACAAGGAGAAAAAUAAGGACAAGAAGAGGGAGCUUUUUACCAAAGCCACCCUCCUCUACACGGCCGCUGAUAAAAUCAUCAUGUAUGAUCAGCAACAUUUACUUGGGCGAGCAUACUUUUGCCUGCUUGAAGAUGGCAAGAUGGAUCAGGCUGAUGCUCAGUUUAACUUUGUGCUGGGUCAAGACGCUAACAACAUUCCCUCACUUUUGGGCAAGGCGUGUAUUGCCUUCAACAGAAAAGACUACCGUGGUGCCCUAGCUUUCUACAAAAAGGCUCUCCGUAACAACCCAAGGUGUCCAGCAGCUGUUCGUCUUGGCAUGGGCCACUGCUUUGCACGUCAGGGCAACUUAGACAAGGCUAGACUAGCCUUCGAACGUGCACUGCAGCUUGAGCCUGGUUGUGUUGGGGCUCUUGUAGCUCUUGCUGUGCUGAGGCUCAACGAGCAAACAUCCGAGUCAAUCAGAGACGGAGUUCAAAUGCUUUCAAGGGCUUACACUGCUGAUCCUGGCAACCCUAUGGUCCUCAACCACUUGGCCAACCACUUCUUCUUUAAACGAGACUUCAACAAAGUCCAGCACCUUGCUCUCCACGCUUUUCACAAUACUGAAAAUGAAGCUAUGAGAGCCGAAAGUUGUUUCCAACUGGCCAGGUCUUUCCACGCCCAGGGAGAUUACGAUCAGGCCUUUCAGUACUACUACCAGUCAACACAAUUUGCUCCUCCCUCUUUUGUUCUUCCUCAUUUUGGACUUGGCCAGAUGUACAUCUACAGAGGAGAUCCUGAGAAUGCAGCCAACUGCUUUGAGAAAGUCCUGAAGAUUCAGCCUGGCAAUUACGAAACAAUGAAAAUUCUUGGCUCUCUUUAUGCAAACUCUAGCAGCCAGGCCAAGAGAGAAGUUGCGAGGCAACACUUAGCAAAAGUCACUCAACAGUUUCCUGAUGAUGUUGAAGCGUGGAUUGAAAUGGCGCAGAUCUUGGAACAGACCGACCUGAAUGCAGCCCUUGCAGCUUACGGCACAGCAACUAAAAUUCUGCAGGACAAAGUUAAUGCUGAGGUGCCACCAGAAAUCCUCAACAAUGUUGGUUCCCUGCACUAUCGACUUGGAAAUUUGGACGAAGCUAAAAAAUUCUUUGAAGACUCGCUGGCAAGAGCAAGAAGCGAGGCAGAACAUGACCCACAAUAUUACAAUGCUAUUGCAGUUACUACGACUUACAACUUGGCAAGGCUUUCCGAAGCACAGUGUCAGUUUGACAAGGCUGAGAGGCUGUACAAGGAUGUUUUAAAAGAGCAUCCUAACUACGUUGACUGUUAUCUUCGGCUAGGUUGCAUGGCCAGAGACAAAGGGCAGAUUUACGAAGCCUCCGAUUGGUUUAAGGAAGCAAUGCGAAUUAACAAUGAGCAUCCCGAUGCAUGGUCUCUUCUUGGCAACCUCCAUUUGGCUAAGAUGGAGUGGGGCCCUGGCCAGAAAAAGUUUGAGCGGAUAUUAAAAAAUCCUGCCACAAAAGAUGACGCAUAUUCCCUGAUAGCCUUGGGAAAUGUUUGGCUGCAAACUCUACACCAGCCAACCAGGGACAAGGACAGAGAAAAGAGGCAUCAGGACAGGGCGCUGGCUAUGUUCAAGCAGGUGCUGAGGAACGACCCCAAAAAUAUUUGGGCGGCAAAUGGCGUCGGAGCUGUCCUCGCUCACAAAAAUUGCAUUAUCGAAGCCAGAGAUAUUUUUGCCCAGGUUCGAGAAGCAACUGCUGAUUUCUGCGAUGUCUGGCUUAAUAUUGCUCAUGUGUACGUUGAGCAAAAGCAGUAUGUCAGUGCAAUCCAAAUGUAUGAAAAUUGUCUGCGCAAAUUUUACAAAAAUCACAACACGGAUGUGCUCCUUUACCUAGCAAGAGCCUAUUUUAAAGCUGGAAAGCUGAAAGAAACUAAAAUAACUCUACUGAAGGCUCUUCGAGUUGCGCCGCAGGACUCCGUCCUUCUUUUCAACUCUGCCCUAGUUUUGCAGCAACGUGCCAUUGCCACAUUAAAAAUGGAGAAGUCCACUCUUGGUACUGUUCUUGAGGCGGUCAACGAGCUGGCUUUGUCGCAAAAAUUCUUCAAGCAUCUUUCUGUUCAUGGAGACCGCAUGCGUUUUGAUUUGGCUCAUGCCGGUAAGGAAGAACGGAAGUGCCAGGACUUAAUGUCCCAGGCGCAGUACCACGUGGCUCGGGCGCGUCGAGUGGACGAGGAGGAGCGAGCACUGCGACGAAAACAAGAAGAGGAGCGUGAGAACUUCCGACAGAAGCAGCGCGAGUUGAUGGCCAAGGCGGCUGAGGAGCGGCGCCAGCGAGAAGAGCAGAUGCUUGUCAAGCGGAAAGAGUAUGUCGAGAAGACAAAGAACGCUUUGCUCUUUGCCGAAAUGCCCAGUGAGAAGAGCUCAAAGAAGGGAGGCCGCCGCAAAGAGAGGGAGGAUGCCAGCGGCGAUGAGGAGAAUGAAGAGCCUCGCUCUAGGAAGAGCAAGGGAGGAGGAGGCAAAGGACGCAGUAGGAAGCGCAAAGCUGGCGGUACUCCAAGCGGCUCUGAUUCUGAGCAAGAGGGAGGUAGCCCAAGGCAAAGAGGUAAAAAGAAGAAGCCGAAAAAGAAGCCCGAGAAAGACGAAGGACUCUCGGCAAAGCAGAGGUUGAGGAUAGUGUCGAAGGCAGUUAUAUCAACAUCUGAGAGUGACAGCGACAAUCAGAACUUAAAAAUUGCUAGCGACGAAGAGGGCAGUGAUGCCAGCGGUGGAAGAGGACGUAAACGUAAAAUUUCAAGUAGCAGCUCCAACCGCUCAAAGAGUGGUUCAAGAAGCAAAUCUCGAAGCAAGUCGAGAAGUAAAUCAAGGAGUAAGUCGAGGAGCCGAUCCAGAAGUAAAUCUGGAUCUCGCAGCAGGUCCCGUUCAGCUAGUGGAUCUAGGAGGUCGGGAAGUGGUUCCAGAUCACGCUCCAGAAGCGGCUCUAGAUCUGGCAGUGGUUCACCAAAAUCCCGCAAGAGUGGUUCAAGGUCUAGAAGUGGUUCGCCGAAAUCAAACGCAAGUGGUUCUCCAAAAUCUAAAAGAAGUGGCUCUAGGUCUAGAAGUGGCUCCCCAGCAAGCAACAGCAGGAGUGGAUCCAGAUCAAGGAGUGGUUCCCCGAAAUCCAACAAGAGCGGUUCCCGUUCCAGAAGUGGUUCACGCAGUGGAGGUUCUCGCAGUCCCUCUCCUAACAAGAGUGGAUCUGGAAGUGAAUGAUCACCUUUAUUUUAAUGUAUAUUAAGCCUUUCUGGUGUACUUUGGAUUUCUGAUAGUUUUAUGAUUGAUCAAUAAAUUGAAUUGCGAACUUCCAAA